GGCUGGGUGGAACGAUUAACUUUGGCUAUUUGAUUUUUCUUUUCGCUUUGAUUUCUAAAAAAAGAAGAAGAAGAAGAAGAAGAAGGGAAAUGGCAGAUCCCAACAACAAACCCAGAACGAUAAUCUGCAUAGGAGACAUCCAUGGCCACAUCACAAAGCUCCUCAAUCUUUGGUCGAACCUCGAAUCCCACAUCGACCCAGAAUCCUUUAACACCGCCACCGUCAUCUUCCUCGGCGACUACUGUGAUCGCGGACCCGACACACGCAAAGUGAUCGAUUAUUUAAUCUCGUUGCCGAACCGAUAUCCGAAUCAGAAGCACGUGUUUUUGUCGGGGAACCACGACUUCUCUUUCGCGGCGUUUGUCGGGGCGUUGCCGGGAGAGUUCGAGGCGGAGGGCACGUGGCGGGAGUAUGCGGAUAAUGAGGAAAGGGAAGGGUGGUUUAAGGGAGAAGGUUACGAGAAGAUGCAUCUGCAAGGAAGGAUAUGGGGUGGUUGUAUAAAUGCCGAGUAUAAUGCUACCGAAGGGAUGGGUUGUAAAGGUUCCAUUUAUGAUGCUGCUCCCACGUUUGAAUCUUAUGGAGUCCCUCAUGGAGCUUCUGAUUUGAUGGAGGUUGUUCCCGAGGACCACAAGAAAUUUCUAGCAGAGAUGGUUUGGGUUCAUGAAGAGGAUGAUGUUUGUAUUGAGACACAGGAAGGAGUUAAACACUGUAAAUUGAUUGCUGUUCAUGCUGGUCUAGAGAGAGGUAAAAAUGUCCAAGAGCAGCUCGAAUUUCUGAAAGCCAGAGACGCCCGUGUGCCCAUAGUAACUGGUCUCAGCGGCAGGAAGGAUGUCUGGGAUAUCCCCAAGGAGCUAACUGAGACAAUUGUGGUAAGUGGUCACCAUGGGAAACUUCAUAUUGAAGGUCUUAGGUUGAUUAUUGAUGAAGGCGGGGGACGUGAGGGUAAUCCGGUGGCUGCAAUCGUGCUUCCUUCGAUGAAGGUAGUCCGUGACACUAAUCGUUUUUCUUAGUUUUAAGUAUCUAGAAGAAGGUGUUCAUCAUUUUCUUGUGAACUUUGAUGCACUUAUUUGAUAGCUUUUACUGUAAUCAAGUUCUUAAACCAACAAUUUAUAUAUUUGUUGGAAUCAAUUAUUAAGGGUGUAGAUGAACAGAGCGUUCGAAGAAUUGUUCCUGAAUCGUUCGCUUA